UUAGAAGGCCUCCGUUGCGGGCAGCGUCUUGAGGGCCGCUCGGCCGGGAGGGGCGUCCACACACAGCAUUUUGAAACAGGCAUCCUUGCCUGCAAACACACACAUCGCCACACGUCAGGGGGAUGAAUGAACGCAUCGCUUGCCAAUGCCCACAAUGCGCCCAACCGCAGCCCAUGCAGCCCACCUAGGUACCUACCUGGGAAGGUGCCUCGAUAAACGUGGAGGCCCCCCUCCUUUCUCGCCAAAGAGGACAGACGAAAGAUCCGCCCGUCCCCCUCUCAAUCCGACGGGUCGCCUCGAUGAAUGGCUGCUGGUCUCUUAUGUCGUUUAGGUAGCCCAGCAUGUGGCCGAAUCCCUCUGGCGCCUCAAGCAGUCCGCCCUCCACGUAGUCGGGAACGGGAUGGCGGACCUUUGAUGUUGACCGCGACUUCUUCUUUCCGCUCUUCCUUUUCAUCUUCUUCUUCAGUCCCAUCACCUCGAUCUUUGUUGCGUCGAUGGCAUCCUCGAGGGUACCUCUUCCGGUCAGAGGUCUAGCUGCUCUUGCGAGAGCUGGACCAUGUUGACUGGCGGGAGGCAGUGUGGCUUCUCCCGCCUCCAGCUGUCUGUCUGUCUGUCUGCCUGUCUGUCUGCGUCAGUUGGUAUCAGUCAAACGUACCGCAUAGCGCUGGAGCGUAGGCCUCAAACCGCUCCACAAGUGCCUCCUUCCGCAUGGUGUAUGAAGAACCACCUGACCGGCAGACAGAGAAGGAGUCCAACCAACGAUGCAGUCAGUGUGUGCGUCGUCUGUCGCUCUGUGCUGUGCUCCAUUGCCGGGCGGCUCGGCUUCUUACUCUCGAGCAGGUACGUCACCAAGGGGCGCACCCUGAGGAUGCUGUGGAGGAGGGAGGAGAGCCAGCAGCUCUGGUCGAUGUUGACAAACACCACCUCCCGAGGCCACUGCACGCACACAGCCACAACACAGUGCACCAUGCCCCGAGAGACACGGUAUACCCUCCAGGUCGCUCACCCUUUGUGUCCACUGCUCGUCGUACGCUGUCGGCGUGGCGAAAUGGGGGCUGUUGGACACAACGGCGAGCGUGGAGGCUCUGCCCUUGGCUGCGGCCGGUGGAGUCGACGGACCUACCUCGUGACGAGCAGCGUCUCCCAGAGUAGUGAGGACUCUGGUGCCUUGUCGUUGGCUCGUGUGGCGCGGGCUCCCCUCCCCAGACGACCGAGGUUCUCUUUGCUCUUGUCCAUCCACACAUACGAAUCAACCAGGCCUACAGCUGUGUGUCUGUCUGUCUGCGUCAGUUGGUAUCAGUCGAACGUACCGCUUAGCGCUGGGGCGUAGGCCUCAAAGCGCUGAACCAGUGACUUCUUCCGCUGAGUGUACGACGUGGCACCUGAUCGACAGACAGAGAGGGAGUCCAACCAACGAUGCAGUCCGUGUGUGCGUCGUCUGUCGCUUUGUGCUGUGCUGCACUGUCGGGCGGCUCGGCUUCUCACUCUGCACUGCCAGCAGGUAUGUGGCCAGGGGGCGCACUCGCAGGAUCUUCUGCAGCUCUGAUCUGAUGAGAGCCAGCAGCUCUGGUCGAUGUUGCAGAAGACCGCGUCCCGCGGCCACUGCAAGCCACGCAUACAGCCACAACAGCACAUACCACAUAGGAGUGCACCAUGCCCCGAGAGACGAGGGAUACCCUCCAGGUCGCUCACCCUUUGUGUCCACUGCUCGUCGUACGCUGUCGGCGUGGCAAAGUUGGGGCUGUUCGAGGCCACUGUGAGCGUCGAUGCCCUGCCCUUGGCUGGGGUCGGUGGAGGGUGACGGGGCGAUGGCGAUGGCGCCGCUGAUCGGCAUCGGGCCUCUCGGCCUGUGGACGACAUGGUGGGCUGGGGUGCGUACUUUCCUCGGAAUCUCAUUUUUCGCGAGAGGAGCGGCUGUCUGUUCAAAGC